CAGCAGUGGCCCCCCCUGCACUAAUGGCUCAGCCUGGGGCUCCAGGGACUUCCCUGCCCUCCAGACCGUUCUGCUGGCCCCUGGGCCCCCCUCACUGCUGAAACCCAAUCCUCUGCAGCAGCUCCACUCAGCACUGCCCCACGCAGCUCCACAGCCCCCGCUUGCCACCACUGCCCGUGCCCUACCUGGUCCCCGCCGCGGAGCUCAGCGCCGAGCCACUGCCUGUUUCUGGAGAAAGCCGAGCUGGACCCACAGGUCACCUCUUCCUGCCUCGCCAGGCCAGUGCCUCCCCACCUAUCCCCUUGGCUCUUCUCCCACCCUCUCUUCUGCUCACCUCACCUGCCUGGCCCCUGCCUGGCCACUUGAAUCCUGCUUCGCCGCGCUUGCCAGUCCUCCGGCCCACCCUCGCUCCCUCCAAGCCGCAGGCCUGCUCUCUGCCCUCUUCCCCUCCAGCUGCAGCCAUGAAGGGCCCCUCGGGGCUGGAGGAGGCUCAGAGGCCCAGCUCCGACAUCCACGUGUUUGCCAGCAACUGCACGCUGCACGGGCUGGGUCAUGUCUUCCGCCCCGGCGGCCUUACCCUGCGCCGCGGGCUGUGGGCCUCCGCCAUGCUCCUGUCGCUGGCAGCCUUCCUCUACCAGGUGGAGGAGCGGGUGCGCUACUACGGGGAGUUCCACCACGAGACGGUCCUAGACGAGCGCGAGAGUGACCGGCUCACCUUCCCGGCCGUCACCCUAUGCAACAUCAACCCACUGCGCCGCUCCCGCCUCACACCCAAUGACCUGCACUGGGCCGGCCCCGCGCUGCUGGGCCUGGACCCUGCCGAGCACACCGCCUUCCUACGCACGCUGGGCCGGCCACCCGCACCGCCCGGCUUCAUGCCCAGCCCCACCUUCGACAUGGCACAGCUCUAUGCCCGCGCUGGCCACUCGCUUGAGGACAUGCUGCUGGACUGCCACUACCGCGGCGAGCCCUGUGGGCCCGAGAACUUCACCGUGACCUUCACCCGGAUGGGACAGUGCUACACAUUCAACUCUGGUGCUGGCGGGGCCCAGCUACUCACUACUUCCAAAGGUGGUGCUGGCAACGGCCUGGAUAUCUUGCUGGAUGUGCAGCAGGAAGAGUAUCUGCCCGUGUGGAAGCCGACGGAUGAUACCCCGUUUGAGGUGGGGAUCCGAGUGCAGAUCCACAGCCAGGAGGAGCCUCCUGUCAUCGACCAGCUGGGCUUUGGGGCAGCCCCAGGGUACCAGACUUUUGUGUCCUGCCAGAAGCAGCAAGUAUCCUCGCUGUGCCUCCAGUCAGCCCCGCCCGCCCGCUCCUCCUGCACCCGUUCUAAACCCGCAGUCCCUCGGCCCGGCUCCAGACCCCAGCACCCUCGCACCCUGGCCCAGGUCCUCCUUAACCCUGCCCCUCCACAGCUGAGCUUCCUGCCACCGCCCUGGGGUGACUGCAGCUCCGCAUCUGUGGACCCCGACUUCGAGGAACCCUCUGAUCUCCUGGGUGCCCCCAGCCCCAGUUCCAACCCCAGCCCUCCCUAUAGCUUAAUGGGGUGUCGAAUGGCAUGCGAGGCCCGCUUCGUAGCUCGAAAGUGCGGGUGCCGGAUGAUGCACAUGCCGGGCAGUGCUCCUGUGUGCAGCCCCCAGCAGUACAAGGAUUGUGCAGGCCCAGCCCUGGGUAAGGGGUAUGCCUCCUCCGCCUCUCCCCACUCCGCCGUUGACCCCACCUUCGACCCGGCCCGCACCAGGCUGGCUGCCCUGACCCCGGCCUCUGGGGGGCCCGCAGACGCCGUGGUGCGGAAGGAAACGUGCGCCUGCCCCAACCCGUGCGCCAUCACGCGCUACGCCAAGGAGCUCUCCAUGGUGCGGCUCCCGAGCCGCGCUGCCGCCCGCUACCUGGCCCGGAAAUUCAACCGCAGCGAGGCCUACAUCGCAGAGAACGUGCUCGCCCUUGACAUCUUCUUUGAGGCCCUCAACUAUGAGACAGUGGACCAGAAGAAGGCCUACGAGAUGUCGGAGCUGCUCGGCGACAUUGGGGGCCAGAUGGGGCUGUUCAUCGGAGCCAGCCUGCUCACCGUCCUAGAGAUCCUAGACUUCCUCUGUGAGGUGUUCCAAGACAGGGUGCUGGGGUACUUCUGGAACCGAAGGCGCUCUCAAAGGCACUCCAGCACCAAUCUGCUUCAGGAAGGCCUGGCCGGCCGUGGGACCCGCGUUCCCCACCUCAGCCUGGGCCACAGGCCUCCCACUUCUCCCUGCGCUGUCACCAAGACGCUCUCCGCCUCCCACCGCACCUGCUACCUGGUCACACAGCUCUAGACCUGCAGUCGGGGCUCAGGGCCAUACCUCCACAUCCCAGACACACCCAGCCUGCGCAUCUGUGCUGUCUCUGCCCCAAAUAAAGUUUGAGUGC